AUGUCGGUAAGUGUGGACAGUGUGAUCAGCGGGGAUUCUAAGGAACUCCCCGUUUGCGUCAAGUGCAAAGAGCCCAUCACCACUGGGCAUGCCUAUGAGUUGGGUUACGACAGGUGGCAUAUAGAGUGUUUUGCGUGUCAUAAGUGUGAUAGGUUGCUGACGUGCGACAGCGAUUUCUUGGUGCUGGGAACCGGGGCUCUUAUAUGUUUUGAUUGUUCAGACUCUUGUAAAAGUUGUGGCAAAAAGAUUGAUGAUCUGGCUAUUAUACUGUCGUCUUCCAACGAGGCGUACUGUUCUGACUGUUUUAAAUGCUGUAAAUGUCAUGAAAAUAUACAGGACCUUCGAUAUGCCAAGACCAAAAAGGGACUAUUCUGUCUUCAUUGCCAUGAGAAACUGCUUGCGAAAAGGAGGACCUACGAUGAAAAGAAGCGUAAAUUACUAGAGAAGAAGAAUUUGCCAAAGAUACCAAAGAUAACUGACGAUGAUGUAGAGAGUCCAUCUUUAAACCCUAUUAUGAAGUCAAGACAAACAGAUGAUGAUAUGAAAAAAAGCUCUAGCUCAUUAGAAAUUCCAAAAAGAUCAGUCAAUAGGCCCAGAUCAGCAAUUAGAGAUGCUCAGAUAAUGAAGGAAAAUGGGUUAGUUAAAUCUACGUCGGACUCAAUUAUUACUCAUUACUUGGAUGUUGACGAAACAAAGGAGAACGAGAGUAAAGAUGUUAUUGACAAGUCAAGCUCCAGGAAAAACAGUGCUGUAUCAGAGAAGCAAUUAUUAUCUCCUAAUAGACCUGCACAUCUACGUAAAAGCUCGUUAUCUGCUCCAGCAGAAGAAUUUUAUACAGCAACAGAGUUCCAAUCACCUCUUAGAAAUAAUAUUAUCAGAUCACCGCUUCGCGAUCAAUCUCAGAAGUCACCUUUCAGAGGUAGUAAGACAGAUAUAUUACUUAAGUCUCCUAAAUCACAUCGUCGAGGUAUGGUUCUGGAUACCGAUGAUGAAAAUAGCCCUGAAUCUUUCAAUAUAUUAGAUUGUUUCGAUCCUUCGGAUGGAAGCAGUUUAAUGGCACCACCUAUUGUGGGGAGUUCUAAUCAUACAUCUUUAGGUAAUUCAGAAAGUCCCAGAACUUUCCCAACUAGCUUGACCAAAGAACUAAGCAAUGACAAGCUGAGGAACGACAAAUCGGCUGUUAUGGAAGGUAUUGUCAACGGCGAACUGGAUACAUCUUCUAUUCAUUCAUUUGAAGGCGAGCAGGACAAUUUGAAAAAUGAGGACGAUAAGGGUCACUCCCAGGAUAACGUUCUUUCGAAAGGAAGAAUAGGUGAACUGAAUUUGAACUCAUCACGUCUUGGAAAUUCUGAUUCUGAUUCCUUAUAUGAGGGUAGCAAGCAAUAUAACUCAAGCUCUGAAAUUUUAAAACAGAAUGGGAGUCUUUCGAAGCCACCUCUAAAUCACGACCGUGACUAUAAUGAUUCUGACUACUUUUAUGAGAAGGAAAUAAAGAGAGAAAUUAUGCGGUCUGAAAUGCAUCUGAGAAAACUAAGACAUGAAGUUGAUGUAUAUCGGAACAAAAAGAAGAAAUACCAGAAAGAAAUUGAUGAAAUGAAGCUUGCUCGAAAAGAGUUGAAAUUAAGUCUCGAUAAUCUUCAACAGGAAUGGAAUCAGUUAAGAGCUCAAAUAGACGAGAGUAUUAUAGAUCACAAUGAUGAAGAUUUGUCUAUGAUUAGUGAGGCUAGAGGAAAAGGAACUCAACCUGAAUUAGCUGAAGUUGCUAGUGUAGCAAGAACAUCGAAUUCGAAGCCCAGGUUCUGGAAACUGUUUUCUUCUUCCAAAGAAACUGUUAUCCCUCCAUUGAUAUCACAACCUAUGCAAUUUCCGAUGCAAGCUGUUAACUAUGGUAUAAAUUCCACUUCUGCAAUGUUCUCGCUUGGCUCCAACUCGGACGAUAAUCCACUAAAACUGGAUAUUUCACAUCCAGUACUAAAAAAUGUUAAUGAAUUUGAUGAUUUGAAGCUGAUAUCUCUUCAAAACACUAAUGAUCAAUCAAUGGCAAACAGAUCAAGCUCACCAAUCACAUCAGAUGGCUCUAAAUUAUAUGGUUCUUCUUUAGCUGCCAGAGCUCAAUUUGAAGGUAACUCAAUUCCUUUUAUAAUUAGAGCAUGUAUUAGUUUUAUUGAGUCUUCAGAUGAAUUUUUGACUAGCGAAGGAAUAUACAGAAAAUCCGGAUCUCAGUUAAGAAUAGAAGAGCUGGAAAAAAAGUUUGCUGAUUAUCCAGUAAACAAAGAUUCUGUUGAAGCACCUCCGCCACGAUUCUUAGAGGAUCAAGAUAUACACACAGUUACAGGUGUUUUAAAGCGGUAUCUCAGAAAACUUCCUAAUCCCGUGCUUACAUAUCAAGUAUAUGAACCCCUCAUAUCACUUGUUAGGGAUGAAAAUCUGAUUGAAGCACUACCAUUGAUUAACAGCAAAAUGACCACCGAAUCAAAGAGCUCAGAGAGGUACUUUUUUAUGGUUGAGACUAUUAGAAAAAUAUUGCUCAAUAUACCUGAAAGUCAUUUUGAUGUUCUGAGGCUAUUAUCAAAGCAUGUAUGUAAGGUAAGCUCCUACAGCAGCAUUAAUUUGAUGACUAUCAGAAAUUUGGCGUUGAUAUUUGCGCCUAAUUUACUACGUGAUUACACUGGAAUGAAGGAGAUUGAAGACAUGAGAGAAAAGGACUAUUUGAUGACAUUUCUCUUUACAUAUCACGAAGAAAUUUUGCAUUAA